UACCCUCUGCAUAACAUAAAAUCACUCUUCUUUAUUUUUAGUGUUUUUGACAAUUCGUAUUCAAAGAAACUUUCUUCCUCUUUCUCUCUCUGCGGACCUAAGUUUCCUCUAUUUUCAAGCCUCUGAGAAUACUUCACAGAUUACGAAUUUGUAAUAUGAUGGUCGCGUUGCAUUCAAGUACAAUUUAGCUCUGCUUGCUAAUUUUGGUGGGGGUCUGAGAAAGGAAUGAGGGACUUUUUUCUUGACUUUCAAUACUUAGCUGAAGGACUCUCUUGGUAUUUAUUGGAGGCUUUUGACUUUGUUGCUGAUGAAUUUCUUGCGUUAUGUUUGAUUUUUGCCACUUCCAUUGAGGAAUUUAUUGGGUUUCUAUUCUUCCAAAUUGUAGUCUUUUAGAUUCUUGGUAAUGCUCAUUGAUUGAAUUUGGAAAUUUGAGUUUAUUGAUGGACUGUAGAAACAAGGGGUAACUCAGGUUUGAAAACUUCUGGAAACUAGUCUUAGAAAGAUGGGUUCAAUUCAAAACACUGUUCAUUAUUGUAGUGUAUCUAGAGCAAAUCGAACAUUGUAUGUAUAUAAUGGGGGGGAUCGUGAAAUCGAGAAUUUGGCGGCAUUGUCAUUGGAAAGGACUCCUGCAUAUCACAAGUGGUAUUUUGAGACAAUUGGCAAGAGGACUUUUGGGUUUUUGAUAGAAGAUGGCUAUGUUUAUUUCACAAUUGUUGAUGAAGGUCUUGGAAACCCAGCUGUCCUUCAGUUUCUAGAGCAUGUGAGAGAUGAAUUUAAGAAGGCGGCUAGAAACGGUUCAAGAGGAAGUUUUUCAGGUUUGAGCUCUAUCAAUGUACAAGAACAGCUGGUGCCUAUUAUUCGCCGUUUGAUAACUUCAUUGGAACAUGUAUCUCAAAAUGGGAAUGAUUGGAAUGCCAAGACUUCCUCAUCUGACAAUUCCUUCCUCUCUCCAUCGCCAAGUGAUGCAAAUGGACAAAUUGAAGUUCUUACCUCCACUAAAGCUCCUUUGUUGGGGAAAUCUAACAAGCAAGAGAAGAAGAAGUCAAAGGAUCAUGUAAUUGUAAUGAGGGAUAUCGAGUUGGAGGAGCAUAGAAAAUCCUCUGAUAGAGGAGUUAAAGUUGACUCAACUUCAUUGGAUUCAAGUAAUCAAGUUGGAGUAGCUUCUCCAAUUUCAUUGCAAAAGGACUUAGGUUCAAUGAGGAUUAGGUCGAGCUCUCAAAACAUUCGAAAAAAGUGGUGGCGCCAAGUAAGGAUUGUUCUUGCAAUUGAUGCUGCUGUUUGCUUGAUACUAUUCAUAAUUUGGGUGUCAAUUUGUGGAGGUUUUGGAUGCACUCGUUGAUCCUAAAAUUGGAAACUUGAUAGAGUGCCUAUAAACGAGUAUAUAAGAAUCAAUUUUCCCUCUGUUAAUCAAUGGAUGAUAUAUCAACAUCAACCUCACGAGUUAAUUUAAAAUUCUGCUACAGAGGUAUGUGCUUGAAAUUAGACAGUGGAAACAUAUUAACAGAUUGUCCAUAUAGUUCAAUAGCUUUUCUGGUAUAUACAUGAGAAUUUUAUAUGUUUAUCUAGAUAUUCGUUGGAGUGCUACUAUGCUGCUUCUUGUGUUUAUGCUAUAUUUCUAGUUAUAGAUACGUUAUCAAAAGUGGUGUAUCUAAACAUUUUUAAUACAAGCCUCUUCUUUUUCAUGUAUAAAAGUUAUUUAUUGAAA